AUGAGAGAUCAAAAGGCCACGGUCGCUGUCGUUGGGCUCGGCGCUGUCGGCCUGGUUACGGUCAAAAAUCUCGUGGAAGAAGGAUUUGAUGUGACUGGCUUCGAAUCGAACAACUACAUUGGUGGUGUCUGGCACUACACAGAGGAAAACCAGACAUCCGUGCUGGAGUCAACAAUUGUGAAUAUUUCAAAGGAGCGCGGUUGCUUUACCGAUUAUGCGUUUCCAGACUCGGUUCCUUCGCACGCAAGCGCCAAAGACGUUCAACAGUACCUAGAAAGCUACGCCCAGCAUUUCGACCUGGAGAAGCGAUUCCGUCUCGGCGUGUCGGUCCAAAAGAUCAAACGCGACGAGGCGGACAAGAAAUGGGUGGUAGAAAUGGCAGACGGCACGUCGGCGCGGUUCGACAAGGUGGUCGUCUCGACAGGGCCGACGUCGCAUCCCAAUAUGCCCAAGAUCUCGGGCGUGGAGCGCUUUGCAGGCGAUUACAUUCACUCGCAAGCGUUCAAGAGGCCAGAGCCCUUCAAGGGCAAGCGAGUGUUGCUGAUCGGCCUGGGCAACACGACGGCUGACACAGUCGAGGCGCUUCGUGGCCAUGCGAGCGAAAUCUACAUUUCGCACGCCAAGGGUAUCUGCAUCCUUCCCCGAACAAGCAAAGAAGGCAUCCCUUCAGACCACACCCUCACCCUGCGCAAAAUCAACUUCCUCGCCGCCAUCGACCGCUAUGCACCCACCUUUGCCGACUGGAUGAUCAACAACAUGAUCACCAAGCUGUCCCGCGCGCGUUUCGCCAUGCAGCCCGAGUGGCGGCUCUCGCCCGCCCUGCCGCUCAAAUAUGGCGGCGUUAUCGUCUCCGACAACCUCGUGGCCAACUUCGCCGCCGGCGUCGUCAAGUCCGUGCCCGCCGUCACGUCCAUCCUCGACGGCAGCACGGUGCAGCUCAGCGACGGGAGCACCGUCACCGUCGACAGCAUCAUCUGCUGCACCGGCUACCGCAAGGACUUUGGCCUCGUCGACCGCGCCGUCGACCCGACGCGCGACACGCUGCCGUCCUGGUUCGACCUGCCCGGCGCCUACGGCAAGCCGCUCCCGCGGCUCUACCAGAACAUCUUCUCCCUCGACCACCCGGACUCGCUCGCCUUCAUGGGCUGCGUCUGGUUCUUCAGCGGGGCGUUCCCGCUGUACGACCUGGCGUCCAUGACGGUUGCGCAGGUAUGGGCGGGUAAGUCUGCGCUGCCGUCCGUGCCCGCGAUGAACGCGGCCGUCGACGCGCACCACCGGGUCGUCUGCGCGCGCGCGCGGCAGGGGCCGACGCCGGGCAGCUGGGUCCGGCAGAGCGCGUGGGAGCCCUGGGCGCACGCCACGGCCGGCACCGGGCUCGUGGAGCACCUUGGCUGGGGCUGGAAGGGCUGGGUGUUUUGGUGGCGGAACCGCGCCGAGUACAAGCUGCUCGUCGACGGCAUCUACUCGCCGUUUCUUCUGCGCGUCUUUGACGGCAAGAGGAAGAAGUGGGAUGGCGCGCGCGACGCCAUUGCGAAGCUCAAUCGCAAAUAG